UAAAGAGACAAACGGAAAAAAAAACACUUCCGCUUUGUCCGGAAGUGAUCCACUUUCUCGCUUCACCAUGGUUCCUCCGGUCGCAGUGUCGCCGCUCAUCAAGACGGCCAGGUGGUCCGCCCUGCUGCUCGGCGUGUUCUACGGCAAGCAGCGGUUCGAUUACCUAAAGCCCAUUGGUGAGGAAGAGAAGAAGGUUGAGGAAGCAGAGAAGGUGGUCAGAGAGGAGCAGGAGCGCAUCUACAAACAACUGGCUGAAGCAAAUUCUGACACCAUCCUUAAAUGAACAAUCUCCGAACCUGUGGCACUAUGCUCCAAACUUAAUAAACAAAAACAUAUUUUUCAUGUAA